AUGUUUUCAAAGAGAGGUUACCCGGAUAGAUUCAAGGACCUGGACAAAUCGGCCGAGGGGCCGCUGUUGGAAACUGCGGACAGACUAUUCCAGCGGUUGAGCGUCACUUUUGACGAACAAAUCUACCGGCGGCUGCCUCGGGUUGCGUUCAUCAACCUGUCGCGAUCCAUCGCAAACGAGAAGGGUUAUGCGGGCCCGCCUUCAGGAAGAUGUUCCUAUCGAAGCUGUGGCUACUUCGUCAGAGUUCGUGAAACACCCGUCGACAUUCAGCGAGACAGCGCAUUUUCAUGUCGCUGCCCCAUCGACGGUGACAUCCUGCUGUGGACGAUUUGA